AGCCAGACGAGAUGAGCGUUGGUGCAGAGACCGCGAGGCGCAGAAAAUGGCGGGCCGAACUGGGAAUUGGGGCCACGUGGGGAUUUACUUCCCCGGUGACGCACCGAUCCGUGUUCUCCUGCCAGCCUGCUGCACCGCGAACCCCCGUGUCGAUUCAGCGUGUCCGACAGGCGUCUCGUACGCGACCAGCGCCGCCGUCUUCUCUGAACCCCUUCGCUUUGUCAAGAGAAGCCUUGCUUGCUUGGAGACGCAGGACAGCUCGAGCAAGACGCAGCUCAAGGGACCGAUCACUUGAACGGCCGUCGACUUCGAAGAAUCGGUGUAAAUAAUGGAACCCAAAGACGAAGACUACCUUUCGCCGACGUCUCCAAACGAAGAGUCCGAGGCUCAGGAAGUGCUGGAAACUGAGCCUGAGCCUACGCCGGGAAUCGACACCCCCGUUCGUUGGUACGACGCGGACCGAAGAGAACCGUAUACCUUCAUUGUCCCCUUCCAAGAGCGGCAUGAUACCAGUGUCGAGUUCUUCUACAAGCCUGUCACCCUCUCCGCCCUAGCCGUCGGCCUCGCCCUCCUCGCGUACGUCGCGACCACCCAGGAUGUCCUCGAAGAGGGCCGCGACAAGCGCCGCGUUGGCGUAUACGCCGCGAUAGCAUCUUUCCUCGUUUUCUCAAUGAUCCAGUUUCGCGAUGGGCCCUUCAUCCGGCCGCAUCCGGCGUUCUGGCGCGCGGUGCUGGGGAUCAAUGUCCUCUAUGAGCUCGUGCUCGUCUUCCUGCUUUUCCAGGAUCUGGAUUCGGCGCGCAUGAUGAUGACUUACGUGGACCCGAGCCUGGGGCACCCGCUCCCCGAGAAGUCCUAUGCUGAGGACUGCGCGCUGAAUUGGACGACGAUAUACAAUGCCAUCGAUAUAUUCUGUCUCGCGCACGCAUUGGGAUGGCUCGGCAAAGCCCUAAUCCUCCGCGACUAUUGGUUCUGCUGGAUUCUGAGCAUCAUGUUUGAGCUCGCCGAAUACAGUCUCCAGCACCAGCUCGCCAACUUCGCUGAGUGCUGGUGGGAUCACUGGCUGCUUGACGUGCUCAUAUGUAAUUGGCUGGGCACUUGGGUCGGCAUGAAGAUUUGUCAGUACUUCGAAGUCAAGGCGAGUGGCUUUCGCCUAUUACGACGUCCCUACGAAUGGCGAGGCUUCCGCCAGUCUCGGGGCUUCCGCUCGAAGGCGAAGCGCGUCGUCUCCCAGUUCUCCCCGCACGACUUCACCGCGUUCAAGUGGGGCACGGCGACGUCGUUCGCGAACUACAUUGGCGUGGUGACGCUGCUCGCGGUCUUCCUCGCCGCGGAGUUGAAUCCAUUCUAUUUGAAAACCCUCCUCUGGAUGGAGCCCGACCACCCCAUCGUCAUCGCGCGGCUGGCCUUCGUCUUCCUAUGCGGCCUCCCCGCCGUUCGGGAAUUCUAUCAGUACAUUAAUAACCCCAAGAAAGCCGUCCGUAUGGGCCAGCACGUCUGGAUGCUCCUCGCCACUGUUGCGACAGAGCUCCUGGUCAUCCUCAAGUGGAGCAAGGGCCAGUUUUCCGAGCCCUUCCCUGCGCCGGUCAAGUGGGGCUGGGGCAUUGGGUUGACGCUGCUCACGAUUUAUCCUAUCGUGCAGUUUGGUGUCCCCAGCGCACGCCGCUACCUCAGAAAACACCGCAAGGCGUCCCGCGCAAAAGUACAAUAA